CAUGACACAAUGUAAAGAACAGUGUGUUUAUCGUGCUUUGUAUUGCUACCUUUUUUUAAUAAUUUGAUGUCAGUGUUAUUCUCUAUACCAAUGUUAUCUAAGAAAUAUCUAACCAUGAGACCAGACUACUACAAAUGAACUUUUUAUUUAUUAUUCAUGUAAUUGAUUUUCUUUUAUUUUGUACAAUUUAAUUUAAUGGAAAGGUCUGUUAUUUGCGAUACCUUGUUGCCAUGGUUACGCAAGUUUACACAAGCGGUAAACUAACGAGCAAGGAUGGCGUCGCCUUUCAAGGCGGUGGAGCUGCUGAGGAUAACCACGGUACUGGAGGACUGUGCUGAUCAGCUGGCCAUCCUGGGAAACAUCAUGCGGGCUCGACAGGGUCGUUCUGCGGAAGAGGCUGCCACAGCAGACAUUGGGGAUGUACCACAUAGGUCUCACAGAGAGUUGGGAAGUCCCGUCUUACCUGCCUACCUGUCCAAGGUGCAGCGAGACAGGGACUAUGUGGACCAAGCAAUCACAGCCUUGUUGGAAGAGCUACAGGCAACUGGGACAUUCAACAGUCUGCUAUGCAUCGUAGAUGAAGAAGAGAAGCGGAAAAACCAACUACAAGACGUCAUCCUGAAGGAGGAGGAGGGCAGAAACAAGACCAAGGUCCUGCAGAGACAACUGCAGGAUAUCCGAAAGGAAAACGCCCUGAAACUACAGGACCGAGAUUGUUUCAUAGCUCACCUUAAAGACCAGCUACAGGAGACGAAAGCCAGGACAGCACUGGAGAAGAGCUAUGUGACAAAGUGUUCCAAACUGCUGGUCUAUCAGGGGCAGAAGCUCAAUGCAUGUUCUGAGAAGCAGCUGCUGGAGAUGAUACAGUUUCUUCACGACAGGAUGGAAGAGGAAAAACGAGCUCGUGCUGAGAUGGAGGGAUUUCUUAGGAGGCACCAGGCACACCUGGAGGAGAAGCUGGAGACGUGGAUGGAGCAAUAUGAAAGGGAUAUGGAGGAGAAGCAGCAGGAGAUCAACACCCUCAGGAAUGCCAGGGCCAGCAACCUCCUGCAGCUGCAGGAACUGGCCAGGAAGUACCAGCACAGCGAGCAGGUGGUGAAGGAGGACCGUGUCCAGAAGCUACUCCUGCACCAGCAGCUGGAGACGGAGCGGAACCAGAGGAUCGCUGCCCUUAAGAUCCAAUCGUGGUGGAGAGGCACUCUGGUCCGCCGGCAGAUGGGCCCCCACAGGAAGGAAAAGAGGAUGACGACAGCAAAGAAGAAGAAGAAGAAAAAUUAAAUAAAGGGAACUAAAACGGCCACCAUGUGACCAUCUGAUCAAAUGUUCACAUGACCAGUUUGAAAUGGGGGCAGGGGUUAGAAAAAAACACACACUUAGGCUGAAUGAAAUUCAUUUAUUUAUGCUCUUAAAGUAACCAAAUACCCGCUAGAAGUACUGUCAGCUUUCGAGUCCAAACUAUGCCGUUUUCUGAUAUUCAUAUGACCUAUAACGAGGAAGUUCAUAAGAAGCGGCUCCAUGAGGACUUGUGAUCAUAAACGUACGGAAUGUACUAGAGUCACUGUGGUGGCCAGCCCUGUCCUCAGGGGAGGAGAACACUGCACGAGGACAACUAUGUCACAGUCCGUGUCAGCAGACAAUAAAGAGGUGGCUGAAUCAGAUGUGACUCAUUCCCUGCUCCGAAUGUUACGGUGGACACGACGCGUCAGUCAGGUCGCAACGCAGCACGGCUGUUCCGCACGUUUGCAUCAUCUGGGAGGGAACAAACCUCACCUGAUUUUUCAGCCUUAACCGGAGUCACAUCACACCUAAGUAGGAUUGCAUUUGCCUGGGAGGGUGCGUGACACCGAAAUCAGUUACAGUACUGCUAGAAAUGUCGCUCACCUACAGGACCAUGUGAAGGAACAGCGCAUCAAAAUGAUAAAAGCAGGCAGAAGUCCGUGCAGCUGGGCCAAACUCAAGCUCACCUGGACGGCUCGGACUGGACCAGACCUCUUUUUCAUUAAAUACCAU